AUGGAAAAGCUGAUUAAAUUAAAAACUCUGAAUUGUCAUAUUACAUGUAAAAUAUGUAGAGGGUAUUUAGUGGAUGCUACGACUGUAACAGAAUGUUUACAUACAUUUUGCAAAAGCUGUCUUGUGAAACAUUUAGAAGAGAACAACAGUUGUCCUACUUGUCAAAUUGUUAUACAUCAAUCGCAUCCAUUGCAGUAUAUAAGUUUUGAUCGUACAAUGCAGGAUAUUGUAUUUAAAUUAGUACCAGGACUUCAGCUGGAUGAAACAAAGCGUGAAAGGGAAUUUUAUAGAAUCAGAGGCCUACCCUAUCCUAAAGAAGUCCCGGCUGGUACUGAAAUUGAUGAUGAUAAGACAGCACAAGAUCAAGCAGCAGCAGAUUCUGACUACCAUAGAGCAGAUGAACAAGUAAAUAUCGGUUUGGAAUGUGUUGCAUCACACUUGAAGUCAUUAAAGAAAAAGUUCCUAAGAGUGUCAUCUCAGGCCACUAUUACACAUCUUAAAAAGUUCAUCGCUGUGAAAGUACUUGAUGGAUCGGAUAAAUACAGAGACAUUGACAUCUUGUGUAAUGAUGAAUUGUUGGGAAAAGACCACACUCUUAAAUUUGUAUAUGUAACAAGAUGGCGAUUCAGAGAACCUCCUUUAAAACUUCAGUAUAGACCAAAAUUAGAUUUGUAA